CCUCUCGGGUAAGUGACAGGUUCUGAGACGGAGAGGAGCUCGUGCUGUUCGCGAGCACGAUUUUGGAUUAAAAUCUAUGUAAAUAUAUGUAAAUAUAUGUAAAUAAUUAUAAAUAUACAGAUAAAUAUUUCAUCCUGAAGUGUUUAUUACUCGGCGUUUGUCUUCAUUCGGGGUUUUAAACAGCAGGAAGUGAAUCUAAAGCGCUGUUUGUUUGCGGAGGCUCCAGAUUUCAGGCAGCAGCUGCUGAAGCUGAAUAUUGUCUCCUCCAGCACGUGAUCAGUGACGCGAGUCGGAGCCUCUGUCAUGGAGGCCAUCGCCAAGUACGACUUCAACGCCACUGCAGACGAUGAGCUGAGCUUCAAACGUGGAGAGAUACUGAAGGUGUUAAAUGAAGAAUGCGAUCAGAACUGGUAUAAAGCUGAGCUUUAUGGGAAAGAAGGGUUUAUCCCCAAAAACUACAUUGAGAUGAAGCCGCACCCGUGGUUUUAUGGGAAGAUGCCGCGGGCGAAAGCGGAGGAGAUGCUGAACAAACAGAGACACGACGGAGCUUUUCUCAUCCGAGAGAGCGAGAGCGCGCCGGGAGAUUUCUCCCUCUCCGUCAAGUUUGGGAACGACGUGCAGCACUUUAAGGUUCUGAGGGACGGAGCAGGGAAAUACUUCCUGUGGGUGGUGAAGUUUAACUCUCUGAACUCUCUGGUGGAUUAUCACCGCUCCACAUCCGUCUCCCGAAACCAGCCCAUCUUCCUGCGCGACAUCGAACAGGUGCCACAGCACGCGUCCUACGUGCAGGCUCUGUUCGAUUUCGACCCUCAGGAGGACGGCGAGCUCGGGUUCCGCCGCGGAGAUCUCGUGCAGGUCCUGGACAACUCGGACCCGAACUGGUGGAAAGGGGCGUGUCACGGACAGACCGGAAUGUUCCCUCGGAAUUACGUCACUCCGGUCACGCAGCACAUGUAAACACACGUGUAACUACAAUAACAACAAUCAUUUAAAAAACAAACAAACAAACACAUAAACAGUCGGAGAAGCGGAAAUGUAAUGUAAGGAAAGCAAAUUAGGACUUCCUGCUGGAUCGCCAUGGAAACCAAGAGGCUUGGGAUCAGGGCCUCGGCAGAGUUCUGCUCUGUGAUUGGUGGAUGGUGCUGGAAGCUGAUUGGCUGGAAGGGAACUGCUGCUUUCUGCUACACUACACACUCGGCACUAAACAUAAAAAAAUAAAAAAUAUUAUGACUGGCAAAAAAAAA